UGAGUGCAAAUGCCAAUUAAGUAAAAAACUAAAGAUUUGUGUUGGUUCAGCUUAUGUUAUUUAAAUAAACUGAACAAGCAGCUAGAAUCAUUUUUUUUUUAGUGUUUCUGAUGAAUCACGUGUACAGGCGAUUCUCAAUGUCCCUGCACCCUAUUCCUCAAGUUUAUUCCUGAUUUUGCCACCGUCGUAGCUCCAGUGUGCACAAGAUCCAAAUGGAUUUAGCUGGUCAAAAGAUGCUGAACAAAAUUUGACAGAAGUAAAAUGACUGCUAGCAAACAGCCCUGCUUUGGCAUUAUUUGACCCCAUACUACACACGAUUGUCUCCACAGACGCUUCUGACUACGGUCUGGAAACAAUACUUUCUCAGGUCAACCCAGAUGGCAUUGAACAAACUGUGUCCUUUGUGUCACGUUCGCUGUCUACUGCUGAGUGUAAAUAUGCCACGCUGAAAAGGGCACUUAUUUGCAUGCAUGUGGGCCAUUGAGAGGUGGUGGGGCUGCCGUUUUAUUCCAUGUACAGAUCAUCAGGCACUGACAACCCUGCUUAUUACUAAGGGUGUCAGCCGGUGCUGGACUUCAUGUAGCAAGGUGGUCUGCAGGUUCUCAAAAUGCUCCUGCUGCUCUUACCUGCUUCUUCCUGCAUACCUGGUCCUGUUGAAGAUGUUGAUGAUGGGUUUGUUCCUUUCCUAUCUGCCGCCUGUAAUUCUCUGUCUGUUGCUGAUGUUGAUGCUGCAUGUGCUUGUUGUCCUGCUUUAACCAAACUUCGUACACAGACUUCUAAUUGUUGGCCUCUUUCACCCAAGUAUGUUAAGUUGUUGCCAUACUAUAAACUGCAACUGGAACUAUCUGUAAGGACAACUUUGUCUUUAGCAGCUCAAGGCUGAUUGCACCUGUUGUUCUUCGAUCUGUGCUGGUCUCCAUAGCACACAAAGGACACCAGGGAGAGGUGAGAACCAAACAAUGCCUUUGCGAUCUCUGUUGGUGGCGAGGGAUGGAUGCUUAGGUUCAUGAUGCUGUCCGCCCGUGCUAUGCGAGUCAGUUCAAAACUGUCAAGUAACGUCCUGCCAAAUGGACCAUGGCAGAAAGUGGCUGUGGAUAUAGUCAGGCCAUUUGACGCUGCUUCUGAUCAGUUACUGAUAACGGUGUUCAGUUUAUGUCUGCUGCUUUCUCUGCAGCAAGGAAGGAAGGAAUAUUUGUCACAAUUGUUCCUCUCUGUACUACCCGGCAGCUAAUGGUGCUGUAGAGAGGUUCAACCGUGUGCUCAAACACACUGUCCAAAUGGCCAUCCAGCAACAUCAGCCAUGGAAACCUGUGUUAACUUACUUCUUGCAGGUGUACCUUGCUACUUCACAUGCUGCAACUGGUACUUCACCCUUUCAGCACCUCUGUGGCAGACAAAUGCACACAAGGCUGGCUAUUUUGCCAUCUGCUCCUGAGCACCCACCAACAGACAUGACUAUUCACUGAGGGGUUACACAGGUCCAACAAAAAAAGACUACACUGAUGCUAAGCCGGGUGCUUGCACUCCUUGUUUCCAGGAGGGGGAUAAAGUGAGGAUACGGGUAAGGGACACAGAAUGUUUACUGAUCCUCUCAUGGUUGCUGAAAAACUGGGGGUGGGUACACACAUUCUUAGUGAUAGAAUGACAUGCUUCCCAUUUCCAUGCACACCAACAACUUGGGCUGAGAACACUGUUCACUAAACACACGCUCAUACAACUAGACCUAUACGUGAUGUUCGGAAGCCUAGUUGGUUUAAGGACUGUGUCAUGUAAUCUGAUGGAAUAUUCUGUUUUUAAAAAAAGGGGAAAAUGUUGUGUUCAUGAGUGAAUUGUAUUGUUCGCCAUUUUGAAAACCAAAUCUGAACUGUUGAAGUGUUUUGUUUUGACAUAAUGUGUGUGAGAACAGAAGUGAUGAGUACAGAAGAUGGAUGAAAUUUGCUGCUCCUGUCUUGUGUGCUUUAUUGCUGUUCAAUAACACCUUCAUCAGAGAAGGGAAAUUAUAGCUUAUUUAUUAGAUUUUACGAGGGCACCUGAGGGCACCUGAUGUGCACUGAUAAAUCAUUUAUAACAAAUACUGCAAUAUUCUGUAUAAAAAUUAAGAAUGGUCCAUUUUGAUUUUGUGGUGACUAAGCGUGAGAAGGUUAUUAGAAUACAUUUUAAAAAUGUACAAUUUGUGACUCAAAAGUUCUCAAUGUGUUUGUUUUAUAACUUUCAAUGUAAUCUUUCUGGUGUGUUUGGUUUACUUUUUUAUUUAGAAGUGUUGACCUGAAAAUGUUAGGUGGGUUCAUGAGUCUCAGAGAGAGUUCACAGGUUGGCCUUCUGCUUUUAUUGUUGAGUUCUUGAGUUUUAAAUGCUCUGUGUUGCAACUUGUGGUACUUGAUUUUAGAUUCCUCUAUAAUAUUGGAGAUCAUUUUUAAGGAUUAUUAUUUUACAGUCCUGUUUUGCAUGUAAAUAUGAUGUUAUAGCAAUUGCAAUAACUGGGUUAUAACUUGGUACUUACCCUGAACCUACCCCUAAACCUAACCUUAACCCAUGUAGUUACCUUAUAUUACCAGUACUUUCUUAGAUAAGAACACUGUAAGUAUGCAUACUGUAAAAUAAAGUGUAACCGCACAAGUGUAUGGAUUAUAAAGUAACAGUGGUGAAACUUAAUUCACAAUUAAAAAUAUAUUGACUUCAUUUCUUUAAAUAAAAAUAGUUUACUAUUGUUAUUUUUGUACUGCUUCGAAUGUCAUUUUACUAGGUGUGUGUGUGAACUGUCUGACGUUUUUGAAUAUUUCUUAAAGGAAUAGUUCAUCCAAAAAUAAAAUUUUGAUAGCAUGAUUUACACUUAUAGUGUUUGUUUUACACUUUUUCAGGACAAUUAUCUGUAUUAAACAAAGCAACCUGAUCAACAAGCUAUUGAGAAUAUUAUGCUGAAGUUAGAAUAAGCUUUGUUUUCUUAACAGUGUGCUCAAAGUGUUACAGAUUUUGUACAGAGAGUUAUAAACACACACCAUAUUGAUUUUAAAUAAGAUCUAACGAGAGUCUAAUGUGUGUAAACUUGUGUUGCUCUUCACGCGGAAAUGUUUAUUUCUGUAGAUUUUUCUCUGAUUCCCGUUGUCUGACUUCUUGGGUUUGAGAAGUCAAACAACAAGGGUAAAUAUUUGACACUGAAGAGCUCUUGGGUGUUUGAGAGUGCACACUUUUCCUGAAGCAUACUCCUAUCUGUGGGUGUCUAAUAGAUUAAGGAGAUACGAGAGGUCAUUAGAAACUAAACUGUGUGCCUACACGGGUCUUUAUUGAAUCUCUGAGAGCGCGCGCCUUAAUUCAAAGAGCUUGGCAAACAUUUGAAUUCACUUUAUACAGGUUAACAUCCAUACAUGGACGCAUAACACUAUUUAGAACCUGAUAUAACGAAAAUAAUCAUUAGCUUAUAAAACCUAUUUUUUCAAAAUAUGUCAUUAUGCCUUAUUUUUUGACUAUCGGACUAAAUGGAUUUAAAAAAAAUAAAUAAAUAAUAAUCAUAUUAAAUCAAUUUAAAUCUUAUUUUUAAAAGACUUUGAUUACUCAGGAGACAACCUGAAGCUUUAUGGAAACGAAAAGUCUUUUCAUUCCGUUUGAAAACGCAUAACUAAUAACUCAGUAUAGACGUAAGCAGCUAGACGUGUAGCAGUAGAUAGUUGCCCCGAUCCCGUUCAUCCCUAUUCAAAACCAUGACAACAAGAAACAAGCACGGAUUUAUUCGAGAAAGUUAAAGGACAUUGUGCGGGGGCGUCAAUCAAGCAUUAUUUCAGGACUGAACAAAUGCAAAAUCUUGACUGGAACAAAUGCUUCCAACGGGUCUCGGACGCGGGGCUACAUUUCCCUCUUUUGUUCCUGGUCGCUGGUUGGCAUGUAUUUGUGUUCCUUUUUUCGGCCGACCACCCAGGACGACUAGACGAGAACGGAUACCCACUCUGUUUGGGAGGGUCUAUGCAGUCAUCCAGAGCGCGCUCUAAGACUAGGCAGUCUCAGGAAUCAUCCGAACCCAAUGAUAUGCCUCGUGCACUUAUACUGGUGAGGUGCAGGAGUAAGCAAUAGUCCAUAUAAGGACAUAUUACUGUCUCAUUGAUGUCUGGAUCUUUUCUCAAAUUGAAGUUCUUCUUUUUAUUGUUAUCUCGGAUAUUUUUAGAAAGAAAUAGCCUGUUAAGUUGAACAGACAUCUCAUGAAAGUGCGUAUCAAUAGCACGAGUUUCUGUUUCUAUUUUGCGUGCUAAUUAUACGUAGAAAUUACCAUUGUCGUGCAUAUGAUACGCACGUGUUUGACGUGCAAAUAAUACGCCCUUUUCGCGUGCAUAUGAUACACCCGUACCCCACACCACUAAUCCUGUCCACUGCGUAUCAUAUGCAUGCAAAACGUAAUUUCAGCGUAUAAAUAACACGCCAAAUACAAACAUAAACUCGUGCUAUAGAUACGCAGUAUAGAUCGUGUCGGAGCUGAAUUCAUAAAUGAGAAUAAAGUAGUGUUGGAUAUGAGUAGAUGUACGUUUAAAACAAACAUCUAGGUUUUAAUUUCAAAUCUAGAAUUCAAAAAUGCAUUUCCAGGGGAAACUUUCUUUAACAGUAGGCUAUACAAAAGGGCAUGAGCCCACGAAUAUCUAGAUUUCAUGAAUACUGUGCACAUUUAACCCAAUAACACCUGCAAUAAACGACAUUACCCCAAUAAACGAAUUAGGAAAACCAACUCUGGGACGCUAAUGGAUCACUUUGUAUGCAAAUAUCCGAUAUGUUAUUUGAGCGGGGGAAAGAAGGGAGGGCUCUUGUUGUCACUUGCCACCCAAGACGUGAUUCAGCCUCAACAAUUACCAUUAUCUGUUUCCCACUUUUCACGAAUUCGGACGAAUCAGUAAUGAUGAAGAGUGUUACCCUCCAUCAUUGUGAAAGUAACGGGCUAUUCUUUGCCGAGUUCACACCUACCAUUACAGGGAUUUAAGUACACGAGUCAUUGAGGUACUUAGAAGCCAUAAGGAGGAGAGGCCUCAAAGCAGCCACCGAGUGCUGUUUAUAUAAACACCGCGACAUCAGUGUACACAUUGUCACUUGGAUGCUCGUCUUGAAAACGCAAACAUCACUUCAGCACUGCGAGACUGACUAAAGAUAGCUCUUCAAGACCGAGAACCAGUCCUGGAACUAACAGAAAUCCAGCGCUACAGAUGGCUAUUUCGAACAAGUUCAGUUUCACUGUGAGAAGUAUUUUGGAUUUGCCAGAAAAUGACUCCGAAAGCAUCGCGCGCCAUUCUCCAGUGGACACGUUUUCUGUCUCACCUUACUCAUCUUGGACUGAAAACGACAGAGGACAUAUAUCCUCAGACGAGAGCAACCUUGAGGCUUCACCAGACUCCACCGGACCAGAUGUGCUCUCAGCGGAUACAGAGCAUGAAAAGAGAAAGAAGCGACGCGUGUUAUUCUCCAAGGCCCAGACAUACGAACUGGAGCGACGCUUUCGUCAGCAGCGGUACCUGUCCGCUCCAGAACGCGAGCAGCUCGCGCACCUGCUACGUCUCACGCCCACGCAGGUGAAGAUCUGGUUCCAAAACCACAGAUACAAAAUGAAGAGAGCGCGGAUAGAGUGCGCUCAGGACCUCAAUCAGCCUCCGGUUUUGCGCAGAGUCGUGGUGCCCAUUUUGGUCCGGGAUGGCAAACCGUAUCAGAACUGCACUAUCGAUGCUGAAAAAGGAAGCUGCAUCGUUCCGCCAACAGUACCAUCAUCACCCUUCAGCGUUCAGGGUUUCCAGUCUUUACAGCAGCAGACUCCCUUUGCGCUUUUCCCCACAUACCAGCACUUUACCUCCAACACAGCGGCCUCCCGGCACCACUUUUGUGUUUGGUGAGACUCACUGGACCACACGAACUUUUUCGAGACUUACCCCACAGGACAGCGCAUGGACUCAUCUUGAUUCAAGUUGUUUUUAAUUACAUAAAGUCUUAGGUCUGUUAAAGUAGAAACUUUCAGCGUUGAUAAGAUAAAAAUUAUAAUAAUAAUAAUAAUAAAUGCUGUUUGCACAUAUUAUGUGGUCUAUUUAGUGUUGUUUUGGCCAGUUGCGUUUUGCAAAUAUUAAUAGAUGUGUAUAAUUGCCUAGAUAUAGUGUAUUUUUGAACAGUUUGUAUUUCUUUUAAACCAAAAGUUUAUAUAUCCGUGAGAAAAGAAAAUAUGUUUUAUGUUUUAUACAGUGAAUAAUGUAGUGUCGUAAUUUGGAUGAAAGUGCAUCAUCUUAAAAUGUUACACAAUUUUGUUCUUGUAUUACAAAAAAAAAAAGAAAAAAAAAGAGAAUAAAAAAUUUUUUUAGUAAUGUAUACCUCUGUAUGUAUUGUUUAUACACAUAUUCAAUAUUCUUUAAGCUUGAAAUCACUCCUUUU